CAUUCACGGAAGUCAAACAACUCGACAAGUUGCUGUUUACCUAGCUGACGACCGUAACAGUCCUACCUGGCUGUAGUUACUGGUGUGGCCAUCAACCUGCUCACAUGAUGGUGAUGACUCACUAGGGUCGAAACCUCUCCUUAUUCCCUCAUCCCUGUCAUCUUCACGUUCUCUGAACAAAGGAUAGGUGAAAACAAUAUGCUGGCCAUCAUGCUUGGGGGAGGAUUUAAAGCAGAAAGACUCCGGGUCAAUCUCCGACUGGUGAUCAAUCGUCUGAAGCUCUUGGAGAAAAAGAAAACUGAGCUAGCUCAGAAGGCGCGGAAGGAGAUUGCAGACUAUCUGUCAACAGGGAAGGAUGAGCGAGCAAGGAUCCGUGUGGAGCACAUCAUCAGAGAGGACUACUUGGUAGAGGCCAUGGAGAUCCUAGAACUGUACUGUGACCUGCUGCUGGCUCGCUUUGGCCUCAUCCAGUCCAUGAAGGAGCUGGACCCUGGCCUGCAGGAGGCUGUGUCCACUCUCAUCUGGGCAGCCCCACGUCUGCAGUCUGAGGUCAACGAGCUCAAAAUUGUGUCUGACCAGCUGUGUGCCAAAUACAGCAAGGAGUAUGGCAAGCUCUGUAGGACAAACCAAAUCGGGACUGUCAAUGAUAGGCUCAUGCAUAAACUGAGUGUAGAGGCUCCUCCUAAGAUCCUGGUGGAGCGCUACCUCAUUGAGAUUGCCAAGAACUACAACGUGCCCUACGAGUCAGACGCCAUGGUCAGACCAGAGGGUGUGCAAGCAGGCGAGGAGGCUGACCCAUCGGGACGCGGGACUCUGGACUUCAAGAAGCCAGGCGGUGGAGGAGGUGGUGGAGGCGCCCGACCCGCUGGAGCCAUGCCCAUGGGCCCCCCAUCAGCGCCAGCUACCCAACACCCAAAGCGAGCAAUGCCCGGCCCCACAGGCCUCAACGGCCCCUCUGUUGGCACUAUGAUUUUAACAAACUUCCAGCCUCCAAUGAGGGAGGGCAGCCCCCUGAGCUGCCGAGCUGCCCCCCCCACCUACGAGUCUAUUGAUGAGCUGUCUAUUAAACCUUCUGGUCCAUCCCAGGUCUUGGCCCCGGCCUUCAUCCCAGAUUACGAUAACAACCCCUGA